AUGACCCUCGUGUCUGUGAACCUGUCUGUUAAUCAACUUGUGAACCUGUCUGUUAAUCAACUUGUGAACCUGUCUAUUAAUCACCCUGUGAACCUGUCUGUUAAUCAUCCUGUGAACCUGUCUGUUAAUCACCCUGUGAACCUGUCUAUUAAUCACCCUGUGAACCUGUCUCUUAAUCAUCCUGUGAACCUGUCUGUUAAUCAACUUGUGAACCUGUCUAUUAAUCACCCUGUGAACCUGUCUGUUAAUCACUUUGUGAACCUAUCUAUUAAUCACCCUGUGAACCUGUCUGUUAAUCAUCCUGUGAACCUGUCUGUUAAUCACCUAGUGAACCUCUCUGUUAACCACCCUGUGAACCUGUCUGUUAAUCACCUAGUGAACCUGUCUGUUAAUCACCCUGUGAACCUGUCUGUUAAUCACCUUGUUGACCUGUCUGUUAAUCACCUUGUGAACCUGUCUGUUAAUCACCCUGUGAACCUGUCUGUUAAUCAACUUGUGAACCUGUCUGUUAAUCACCUUGUGAACCUGUCUGUUAAUCACUUUGUGAACCUAUCUAUUAAUCACCCUGUGAACCUGUCUGUUAAUCAUCCUGUGAACCUGUCUGUUAAUCACCUAGUGAACCUCUCUGUUAACCACCCUGUGAACCUGUCUGUUAAUCACCUAGUGAACCUGUCUGUUAAUCACCCUGUGAACCUGUCUGUUAAUCACCUUGUUGACCUGUCUGUUAAUCACCUUGUGAACCUGUCUGUUAAUCACCUUGUGAACCUGUCUGUUAAUCGCCUUGUGAACCUAUCUGUUAAUCACCCUGCGAACCUGCCUGUUAAUCAGCUCUCUUGGGCAAGCACCUCCCACUCAGGCCCCACAUCAAAAGAAAGGAUGUUGAGCAGCAGAGUGACAUCUCAAAACUUUACCAAAUUAACAACAAAAAAAGGCCACAAACACAUCCUGUUUUAG